GAGGGAGCGGGGGGGAAGCGGAACAGGCUGCCGAGCUGCUCUUUGUUUCUAGCUCGCUAGCUGAAGAAAACUGGGGGAGUUACCGGCGAAAGCUGAUUUCAUCGACUAACAGUGCUUUUAUUUUCCUCAUUCCUCCCGGCGCCGUUGUGAGAGAUGUCCACUCCGGACCCCCCUAUGGGAGGGACCCCUCGGCCCGGCCCUUCUCCAGGUCCUGGGCCCUCUCCAGGAGGCUUGAUGGGUCCAAGCCCUGGGCCUUCACCUGGCUCUGCUCAUGGUAUGAUGGGCCCCAGCCCAGGACCGCCGUCUGCAGGACAUGCCAUUCCUCCACAGGGGCCUCCGGGAUAUUCUCAGGACAACAUGCAUCAGAUGCACAAGCCUAUGGAAGGCAUGCAUGAGAAGGGCAUGCCAGAUGAUCCUCGCUAUGGCCAGAUGAAAGGCAUGGGCAUGAGACCGGGUGGCCACAGUGGAAUGGGACCACCACCUAGUCCCAUGGAUCAACAUUCCCAAGGUUAUCCCUCUCCUCUGGGUGGCUCUGAACACGCUCCCAGCCCCGUGCCUGCUAACGGCCCCCCCUCUGGACCGAUAAUGCCCUCCGGUCCCAGUGGUGUGCCCAUGGAGGGUGGUGACCCUCAGGCCAUGGCCCAGCAGAACCGCGGUGGAGGUGGCACACCAGGCCCCCCAGGCCCAGGACCCAACGGAGUACCCGCGGGUGCCGGCGGACCUGGAGGACCUGGAGGACCCACACCGUUCAACCAGAACCAGCUCCACCAACUCCGCGCACAGAUCAUGGCAUACAAGAUGCUGGCUCGCGGACAACCUCUGCCCGACCACUUGCAGAUGGCUGUGCAGGGCAAGCGACCCAUGCCGGGCAUGCAGCCGGUGAUGCCAAACGUGCCUCCUGCAGCCGGACCGGGAGGUGGUCCUCCUGGACCUGGAGGACCUGGACCAGCGGGGCCCAAUUACAACAGACCACAUGGAAUAGUAGGACCAAACAUGCCUCCUCCUGGACCAUCUGGAGUUCCCCCGGGCAUGCAGGGACAGCCCCCUAAUGGACCACCCAAAUCCUGGCCUGAAGGGCCCAUGGUGAACGCUGCUGCUCCAGCUAGUGCUCCUCAGAAGUUAAUCCCACCUCAGCCAACUGGUCGCCCCUCUCCUGCGCCACCUGCUGUACCCCCUGCUGCCUCUCCUGUCAUGCCCCCACAGACUCAGUCUCCAGGGCAACCGGCACAGCCACCUCCCAUGAUGGUUCACUCAAAACAGAAUCGCAUCACACCCAUUCAGAAACCUCAUGGCCUUGACCCGGUAGAGAUUCUCCAAGAGAGAGAGUACAGAUUGCAAGCUCGUAUAGCCCACCGGAUCCAGGAGCUGGAGAAUAUUCCGGGCUCUUUGGCUGGAGACCUGAGGACCAAAGCUACCAUCGAGCUUAAGGCUCUGAGACUUCUCAACUUCCAGAGACAGUUGCGUCAGGAGGUCGUGGUGUGUAUGCGGCGUGACACGGCACUGGAGACUGCACUCAAUGCCAAGGCUUACAAGCGCAGCAAAAGACAGUCCCUGCGUGAAGCUCGCAUCACAGAGAAACUGGAGAAGCAGCAGAAGAUCGAGCAGGAGCGCAAACGCCGCCAGAAGCACCAGGAAUAUCUCAACAGUAUCCUCCAGCAUGCUAAAGACUUCAAAGAAUACCACCGCUCAAUCUCAGGGAAGAACCAGAAACUCACCAAAGCUGUGGCCACCUACCAUGCCAACACCGAGCGGGAACAGAAGAAGGAGAACGAGCGCAUUGAGAAGGAGAGAAUGAGGAGGCUGAUGGCUGAAGACGAGGAGGGUUACAGGAAGCUGAUCGAUCAAAAGAAAGACAAACGUCUGGCUUACCUGCUGCAGCAGACGGACGAGUAUGUGGCCAACCUCACGGAGCUUGUGCGGGCCCACAAGGCUGCGCAGGCCCUUAAGGACAAAAAGAAGAAGAAGAAAAAGAAGAAGGCCGAUACCGCCGAAGGUGGAGCGUCUACGUUGGGCCCAGAUGGAGAGCCUUUGGAUGAAACCAGUCAGAUGAGUGACCUGCCAGUGAAAGUCAUUCAUGUGGACAGUGGCAAGAUAAUUACCGGGGUGGAUGCUCCCAAAGCAGGCCAACUUGAGACCUGGCUAGAGAUGAAUCCUGGGUACGAGGUGGCACCACGAUCCGAUAGCGAAGACAGUGGCGAGGAAGAGGAAGAGGAGGAGGAUGAGGAGCAACCACAGACAUCACAAUCUCAAGCAGAAGAGAAGAAGAAAAUUCCAGACCCAAACAAUGAGGAUGUAUCUGAGGUGGAUGUCCAGGAUAUUAUUGAGCAUGCUAAGCAGGACGUGGAUGACGAGUAUGGAAGUGCUCAGUUCAACAUUGGCCUGCAGUCCUACUACGCUGUGGCACACGCUGUGACCGAGAAGGUCGAAAGGCAGUCCGUACUCCUGGUUAACGGAACACUCAAACGGUACCAGAUUAAAGGUCUGGAGUGGCUGGUAUCUCUGUAUAACAACAAUCUGAACGGCAUUCUAGCAGAUGAGAUGGGUUUGGGAAAGACCAUCCAGACCAUUGCACUCAUUACCUACCUCAUGGAUAUCAAACGACUCAAUGGACCCUUCCUCAUCAUCGUACCUCUCUCGACUUUGUCAAACUGGACCUAUGAGUUUGAUAAAUGGGCUCCAUCUGUGGUGAAACUCUCUUAUAAGGGAUCUCCUGCUGCUCGUCGUGCCUUUCUUCCUAUUUUACGCAGCGGCAAGUUUAACGUUCUUCUCACCACUUAUGAGUACGUCAUCAAAGACAAGCAAGUGCUGGCCAAGCUCCGCUGGAAGUACAUGAUUGUGGAUGAGGGUCACCGCAUGAAGAAUCACCACUGUAAGCUCACUCAGGUGCUCAACACACACUACCUGGCUCCCAGACGUCUGCUGCUCACAGGAACGCCUCUACAGAACAAACUGCCUGAACUCUGGGCCCUGCUGAAUUUCCUGCUGCCCACUAUCUUCAAAAGCUGCAGUACAUUUGAGCAGUGGUUCAAUGCUCCAUUUGCCAUGACUGGAGAGAAGGUUGACCUGAAUGAAGAAGAGACCAUCCUGAUCAUUCGACGUCUCCACAAAGUGCUUCGUCCCUUCCUGCUCAGGAGGCUUAAGAAAGAAGUAGAGGCGCAGCUACCUGAGAAGGUGGAGUAUGUGAUCAAGUGUGACAUGUCAGCUUUGCAGAGGGUACUGUACAGGCACAUGCAGGCUAAAGGAGUCCUGCUCACUGACGGCUCUGAGAAAGACAAGAAGGGUAAAGGUGGCACCAAGACUCUGAUGAACACCAUCAUGCAGCUGAGGAAGAUCUGUAACCACCCCUAUAUGUUUCAGCAUAUUGAGGAGUCCUUCUCUGAGCACUUGGGCUUCACCGGAGGCAUCGUUCAAGGAGCUGACCUGUACCGUGCUUCUGGAAAGUUCGAACUGCUGGAUCGUAUUCUGCCCAAGCUGUGUGCCACCAACCACAAAGUGCUGCUCUUCUGUCAGAUGACUACGCUAAUGACCAUAAUGGAGGACUACUUUGCCUACCGCAAUUUUAAAUACUUGCGACUGGAUGGAACCACCAAGGCUGAUGACCGUGGCAUGCUCCUGAAGAACUUCAAUGACCCUGCUUCUACGUACUUUGUGUUCCUGCUGAGUACCCGGGCUGGUGGUCUGGGGCUCAACCUGCAGUCUGCUGACACCGUCAUCAUCUUCGAUAGUGACUGGAAUCCUCACCAGGACUUGCAGGCACAGGAUCGCGCUCAUCGCAUUGGGCAGCAAAACGAGGUGCGCGUUCUGCGUCUCUGCACCGUUAACAGCGUGGAGGAGAAAAUCCUGUCAGCUGCCAAGUACAAACUUAACGUGGAUCAGAAGGUCAUCCAGGCCGGCAUGUUCGACCAGAAGUCCUCCAGCCACGAGCGAAAGGCUUUUCUGCAAGCUAUUCUGGAGCACGAGGAGCAGGAUGAGGAGGAGGAUGAGGUACCUGACGAUGAGACGGUCAAUCAGAUGAUUGCCAGAAGCGAGGAGGAGUUUGAUCACUUCAUGAGAAUGGAUCUGGACAGACGCCGCGAAGAUGCACGCAAUCCCAAGCGCAGGCCUCGGCUGAUGGAGGAAGACGAACUGCCUAUGUGGAUCAUGAAGGAUGAUGCAGAAGUAGAAAGACUCACCUGUGAGGAAGAGGAGGAAAAGAUGUUUGGCCGCGGAUCACGUCAGAGGAAAGAGGUGGACUACAGCGACUCGCUUACUGAGAAACAGUGGCUUAAGGCCAUCGAGGAGGGCACGCUGGAUGAAAUAGAAGACGAGGUGCGGCAUAAAAAGACCACCCGAAAGAGGAAACGGGACCGGGACCGGGACCGUGACCUUGACCUCCCAGGCCCGGCCACACCCGUCUCGAGUGGAAGUCGUGGCAGAGAUAAGGAAGACGACGGUAAAAAGCAGAAGAAGCGAGGCCGUCCUCCUGCCGAAAAGCUCUCCCCCAACCCGCUGUCUCUCACCAAGAAAAUGAAGAAACUAGUUGAUACCGUCAUCAAGUAUAAGGACGCCAAUGGCAGGCAGCUGAGCGAGGUCUUCAUCCAGCUGCCUUCUCGCAAGGAGCUUCCCGAAUAUUAUGAGCUCAUCCGCAAACCUGUGGACUUUCGCAAAAUCAAGGAGCGCAUUAGGAUCCAUAAGUAUCGAACUCUGAAUGACCUGGAGAAAGACGUCAUGCUGCUUUGCCAGAACGCCCAAACCUUCAACUUGGAGGGAUCACUGAUCUAUGAAGACUCCAUCGUGCUGCAGUCCGUGUUCACCAGCGUGCGACAGAAGGUUGAAAAGGAAGUAGAGAGCGAGGGCGAGGAGAGCGAGGAAGAAGAGGAGGAAGCAGAAGAAGGCUCAGAGUCAGAAUCUCGCUCUGUGAAGGUGAAGAUCAAGCUGGGUCGUAAAGAGAAGGCUGUGGAGAAAGGGAAAGGAAGGAGGCGCACCGGGAGAGGCUCACGCCCCAAACCCGUGGUGAGCGAUGAUGACAGUGAAGAGGAACAAGAAGAGGAGCAUUCUGCCAGUGGCAGUGAAGAAGAUUAAGUCAACAUCUGGACCAAACUAUCAAUUCAGGAUCUGAUCAGGAUAACAUUUUUACUUCAGGACCAACCCAACAUCAGGGCCUAGUUUUACCCUAGAUCAGUUCAUUUUAGUGACGCAUGGAACAAGUGGAACGUAGUGUGGGUAUUUGUGGACAAUUCGACCUAGUCGCAUGAUGAAGUGUUUUUAACGGAGGUUCGUGUAUCCAGAGUAGAGCAGUUAAGCUUUAAGUUCCGAAAGACGAGAAACUGAUUAAUUAAAAAAGCAUUUUAAUAUUUAAGGUAUUCCCGGUUUAUGUAUGGCAGGACUGUAUUUGUCUUAUUUGCUUCAUAUUUGUUUAUAUUAUUUCUUUCUGAAAGUGACAUGAACAGUACCAUGGCUUGCCGAUAGUCUGUUGACCAUUAAGAGAACAUACCUGACCAGUUUAGUGUAUUUUUUUUUUUCUACCCUCUUUUGUAACUUGCCUUUUUCAGCAGUGUACAGUAGUCACUAGGUUUCCUGCUUUUUGUAUGUAUGUAUGGGUGAUUGGGUGGGUUGUUUUGCCGUUUUUUUUUUUUCCUGUUCACUUUUACAUGUACUGUAUCUUACUUUUCUCUAAGGUUAAUUUAAGGAUAUUACCAGGAUCAAGGUACUUCCUCACUUGUUAAACUCCAGUCAGCAAAAACUGGAGGUAGCUCUUAGGACUCAGUACUGUGUCAGUGUCACUGGAUUUUCACAAUUCGAAUAAAGACAUCUCACAAUUA